UCGACAGGUAGUGUGCAGAGGAAGACGCUUAACCGUGUCUGUACCUAAUGUCGCAGGAUGGCUAACGACGUUAUGGGACAAAUUUCAGCAGUGUGAGCAGAGAGAAGAAAGAUUACCAGAUAAGUGGCGAGUAAGCGCAUGAACAGCAGCAUCAGUAUACUUGAGUAACCGACAGAGACUUCAUAAAGAGUUACUGUGAUGGAGGAAGACCUGCGACCAUCUCCUAGUGGAGUUGAACAACUGGCAGACGCCAGUGGACAGUCCCGCAGUGUCCUCUUCACCUAUUUCCAGGGAGACAUCAAUAGUGUGGUGGAUGAACAUUUCUCCCGUGCGCUCAACAAAGUCAACAAGCCCAAAGACCUCAGUAUCAAGGGCAAAAACAGCAAGAUGCCAGGAAAGGAAAGUACAAGUGACCCCUCAGUACCUGUCCCUUGGAGCUUCCCUGUACAAUCUUGGAUGGAUAAUUCUUACCCACCUCCCAGCUCUUCUCGAAUUCACUUUUCAUCCCCAGCCAAUCUGCAUCCACAUUCAGAAGGGUUGCCCAGCACUCCUAAUCCACCCCCAGGCCUGUGGGCCUUGCCUGGCAGGAGUAGCAGCAACAGUACCUUUGGAGUCCCACCAAGUGUGUAUGCACAGGCCAUUGGGCAAGACCACUCUGCGGUAGUCUCUGAGCGACAGUACGCUAGCUCCUUCCUCAAUCUUCUUCAUGGUGAGAAGGUGCCAGUGGCAAACAAUCUCGACGCAGCUUCUAAGUCACAGGUUUUACCAUCCUGGGAAGGAAACAAAUCAUCUGCUCUUGGGUCUAGCUUGACCCUUGAUUCAGGAAUACACUCUCCAGACAAGAGCAAAAAUAUUUAUUGGUACUGAGUUUAGAAGUAUGUAAAAACCAUAAAAUUCAUCUAAUAUGUGCCAUUCUUCAAUAUAGAAUUCAAUCAAAGGUUGUGAAUUAUUGUGCACAACUGUAUCCUGUACUGAGUAUCCAACUUUGGAAUGUUCUUGCAUCCCUGUGCAUUUAGCACAUUUUGAACACACCGCCUUUGUGGAACUGGUUCUAUGGCAAGAAAACUGUGAAUUUCUUUUGAUACGGAGAACAAACACUAGGAAAUGAUUUUAUUGGAACAUCUGGAUAUAGAACAAAAUUAUGGAGCUCAGCAGCAAGAUGUAGCUUAAAACAGCACUGUCACCAAAAUUCUUGGUUGUCAAGCAAGACUGUUGUCACUAGUGGUGAGAAUGGCCUGUGACUGAAUGCACUGUUACUGACACCAAGACUUAAUUUAAAUUCUAUAAGUAUAAAUUACUGGUGUAAUCAGUUUUUCUUUAAUUUCUUGGAAAAAAAAAAUCUGUUUUUGAUCAAAAGUCAAUUGCAACCUCAUGUGGCUGCAUAUAACCAAGUACAAUAUUGUGAAAUGUAAUUUGGGAAGAAGCUAUCUGCAGUAGUAACGUGUAUACGGUACCUUAUGUAUAUUUAGCAUGUGCAUGUAAAUAAAAAUACAUUUAGAUUUGUAUUCAUAUACUGUAUACUGUAUUAGCUGUUCGUAUUACCUGAGAGCCUUUAAGUUCAAUAUGCAUAUCUUGAUUUUUAUUUUUUAUUAUUAUUGUUGGUAUUAUUGGUUUGAAAUUGUAUGUUGAAACAUUAAAUGCACUGUAUGCCCUUUA